AAACGUAUGCGUCCUCCAGAACUAUGGUCCAAUCCAUCCAUCGAACCCCACCCCACAAACACUUCAAACUCUACCAAAGCAGACAAAAUGUCAGUGACGACACCCACCCACUCUCAAAGCUCCCAUCUUCCACCUCUCGCCCAUCCCCUUUCACCUACUCCCGGUAUCCGUAGUAGUCCCCGACUCCAUCGGACGCCAGAUACGAAACAAGAUUCUCCUCGUAAACGCGCCAAGAGUAGAGUUGCACCUUCACCAAGAAUGAUGACUCGAGCAGCUUCCAGAGUUCACGAAGGUGUAGAUGAAUCUACCUUACUCGACAUUCCUGGACAUUCUGGAUCUAAUGGGAAUAACGCAGGUGCUGGGAAUGGAAUAGGAGAUUUAGGUUUUUCACCUUCGACGAUGUUCGCCACUUCUCCCAUUGUCCCUACGCAAUCUGGAGCAGCUUCUGCUGUAGUUGAAGGUGAGGGAAGUGGAGAGGUGGAUUUGGAACAAUUGUUGAAUAGCUUCACUAAUGUUCCUGAAGGGGAAUUGGACUUAGCGGGUUUGUUCAAUAUGGGUGAAGGGGAAAUAGGACAAGAUCUCACUGAUUUUCUUGCAGCUUGGGAGGCGCAAGCACAGACGCAGGGUGCUGCUGAAGCUGACCCGUGAGGAAAAAGAUCACUGUAGCUUCAAAGUGUUUAAAAAGUUUAGAGAGUAAGGUGUAAUGAAUUGAUAUGAUAUGAUGUAAUGUCAUGCAUGACCUUCCAGACGUUC